CUUGAACCAUCAUGUACGACACGCUGUCACCGUCAGUCAGCCUAGAGCGCCGCCCUACACAACGUACCUAGAGGAAGCGAAGGAAAAUCUCGUUGCUGAGAGCUUUUACGACGUCGGCCAUCGCAAUAUCCGUUUUGGCGGAGACUAGCUGUACUGGCUCGAGGAAUUCUUUCGGUUGCCCAUUGACAGUCUCGAGACGAAUAGCUCAAAGAUGCUUUGCGCAGCGCGAACACCCCUUGAUUGUCCCAGGGCUUAAGCCGUCCAGGGCAACGGUUGUACCUGUAUAUAAACCGAGUUUUGAAGGGGUGUCAUACCCCGCUCCCCGCACUUGCUCAACACAGCCCACUCCAGUACCUGCACCAUGAACGGUUUUGUCGACGCCAACCUAGGUCUCGAGGACUACCUCAAGGUCCCCGAGCCGUCUCAGCCUUCCUUCCACUACCGCACGGGCAAGAUCCCCAUCCUGCCCUCGUCCAUCGCGCCGAAGGACGCCACGAACCAGUGGGGCUACCCGCGUCCCAGCGCGCAGUCGCCGACGCCCGCGCACGCUACUGCGAAGCACUACUUCGUCGACGACACCACCUGGGCGAACAUCGUUGACCAUGGCGAGUUUGACGAUAUCGUGGUCGGGAGCGGCUUCUGUGCGCUGGCGUACGUCGAUGCGGCGCUCAAGUUGGACAGCAACCGCAAGAUUCUCAUUCUGGAACGCGGAGGUUUCUGGCUGCCCGAGCACUUCCAGAACAUGCCCUUGCCCUUCAAGCUCAUGCUUGGAGGGCCCUCGGAGACAUUCCCUUGGCAGCUCACCUCUAAGACCGUCGAGAGCCCGGCGAAGUUUAUGCAUGGUUCUUGCCCUUUCUUCGGCGGUCGCAGCAUGUUUUGGUCUGCCUGGUGCCCGCGUCCCCUCCGGGAGGACAAGGGGAUCGACCUCAUGCGCGAGUUCCCUAAGUCUCUAAAGGACACGGCCUCCGCCCCCGGCUUCUGGGAGCGCUGCGAGGACCUCCUCCACGUCAAGCGCGCGAACGAGAUUUCCGACCCUUGCUUCGGCCAAGACCUCCAGGCCGAGAUCCAGCGCCGCCUCGACGCGAACCUCGCGCACAUCCCCUCCGCGUCCAUGACGAACCACGCGCCGCUAGCCGUGGGCCGCAAGACCGCGGUCAAAGACGCCAUCGCGUUCGACAAGUUCUCCACGCCGGGCCCGCUGCUCAAGAUCUACGAGCGCCAGCGGCGGCUCGCGAAGGAGGGGAAGGGGCACCCGCUGAUGAUCGCGACGGACACGGUCGUCGAGCGCUUCGAGCUGGACCCGGAGGAUCACAACAACCGACCCGUCGUGCUGCACACCUCGCGCGGCGCACUGUGCUUUCCGAAGCGCGCGACGAACAUCAUUUUGGCGGCGGGCGCGUUCCCGACGACGACCAUUCUAAUGAACUCGAUUGGUGACCGUCUUAAGGGACGCGCGGGCUCGCGCGUCGGCGGGCACUUCAUCUCGCAUAUCACUGCGCGGUUCCCUGUCGGCUUGCUCGGGAGGAAGGUCGCUCUGCAGGAUCAUCUGGAGAUCGCUGCGUCGUACCUCGCGGGCACGGACAAGAAGACCGGGCUGCAGUACCAUAUUCAGAUCACCGCCAUCCAUUCGCCAAGUCCCGAUGGCGAGGACGCGGAGGAUGCAGCGCGUCUGUGCCCUGACUAUGCGGCGGCAGCGACGGCGGCGCAGCUUACUGGGUCGGAAGGACAUAUUAUUCUGGUAUGCGCCACGCUGGGCGAACUGGACGAGAAGAACGCGGAGUCGUGGAUGAAGCACAACCCCCUGCACCCCGACGUAACGACGAAUGUGCGCUUGCAGGUUCUCCCCAACGACAAUACCAACUCGAUCACUGAGGUAAUGGAGGACGCAACGUACAAGGCGAUUUCCAUCAUGGCCGGUGGACACGAUGGCCAGAUCGAGUACUGGCACGAUGCGAAGGAAGAAAAGGUGUCGAUCAACCACCAGCACGACCGGAGGUACAUCCUCGCUGGCGCGGGCUGGAAGCAGGAGCGUCCGCCCGCGGAGAUGGUUCGCGUCCCCGGUCUGGUGCACGAGACGUCGACGCUCUACAUGAGCGACGACCUCGAGAACGACCCGCACGCGUCGGUCGACAGCCAAUACCGCCCGCGUCAGUGCACGAAGGUGUAUGUUACCGGCGGCGCCAUCUUCCCGACGUCGGGCUCUUGGAAUCCGACUUUGACGAUGUGCGGCUUUGCGCAAGACCUGGCGGACAAGCUCUACGAGGAGAAGUGGGGGGCUUCUCAGCCAGGACCCGCUUUACCGGCUUCUGUGUGAUAAGCCUGGCCGUGCUAGGGGUCAGUGUAUGUUCAGUGUAGUGUACUUGUAUGCAUAGUUUUUGUAGUCUUGAGACCUAUUUGGUGACAAGGGCCAGUCAGACUCGGAAUCAUCGCCGCGUAAGCGGUAUCACUGAGCGGCCAAACUCGGCGCGUAGCCUGGGACUCAGAGGCGCGGACGCCGGAAUAGUCGGAGCACCUAGUCAGUCCACUAACAUCAGCCCUCGGAUGCUCUGCCAGGUUGUGCCUUGCCCUAUACUCCUUGCAUUUGUACGUCCCGGUUCGAGCGGGUGGUCGAACUUUACGCGAUCGAGCCGACUGCCAAAUCGACGGAGAGGCCACGAGCCUCGCACGGCCAGGCGCUGAUUUGCAUGCUGCUUGCCCCG